AUGGAGAAAAAAGCCUCCUUCGCCUAUUCAAAGUCAGUUUCCCUAAAAAGGUCAGAUUUCAUACUCCCACUAUUCAAAAGAAAAGUUUGGGAUAAGGAGUCUGAAACUACUCGAGUUUACAACUGAAGUACUAGCAUUCCAGAUCGUUGGAUCGAAAUAAAGGGCAGGGGUCAUUUUAAACAUGUUUCAGAAACUUCAAAUAUAAAAAAUACACUAGAUUUUUUAGUGUCAUCACAAAAAUACAUCAAUAAAAUAUCAGCCCCUGCCUUAGAAAAAUAUCAAUCAUUGACAGAGCACAAAGCACCGAAAAUCAUCAAGCCAAAAACAUCGAAGCCUUCAAAAAAAAGCAUUUUUGGGUUUCCAAAAACGCCUAAAAAACCACUUGAUGCUGAAAAUAUCCCUGCAAAGCCAAUUCAUAUGAAAUCUUCAUUUACAGCUCAUCACUGACCCAACAAACGAAUCUCUAAUAGUUUGAAACCAAAAUACACCUAUUCCUAAUUUUUUUUAAAAAUAAAUAUUAAAUCUUAAGUUUAAGUUUAAUAGAAUUACUCUUGCAUUUCAGUGCUAUAACUCUUGGUUUACUUGAGGUCCAUUAGCAGCUCUGAACAACAGUAGGUGGACCGGCCUAACCGUCGAACCGUUCAAGUUAAUAAGCCCUUCCUGACUUCUCUAGUCAUUGCCAGCUUCAGCACCGACCUCUUCUCUUCAAGCCGAGACUCUCAAGAAGCUUUGACUUCUCUUACUAAGCUCGGUUAUAGGUCCAUCCUGUUGGUGGCAGGAGUUAGGAUCUAUCCCUAACUUAUAUUUUUAAUAUUGUGAAAUACUAAAUAAAUUAUAUCUUUAUUUAUAUACUUUAUAUAUACACAAUGAAAUCGCAAUGUUUCCAAUUUGAAGAUUUUGUUCUCAAAGAAUCUGAAAGCUACCCAGAUCUUAAGCAGUUCCGUGAUAAAUAUACAAUAACAAACUUUGCGCUACCAAAUGGAUUAACUACAGUGCAUAAGGAAAACGAAGAAAAUGAAGGGAAAAAUCCUAAUGUGGUAAAUAAUCCGAGUCUUGAAGAAUUUUUAAAGAGAUUUGACAGAAAAGAUACUUCUAUUGAAGCACCAAAAGAGAGAAGAGGAGUUAAUGGAUGGAAACUCACAAGAGGGUCAUUAAAAUCUUAUAGAAAAGGACGGAGCAGCUCUAUGCCAAGAUUGGAUUCUGAGAGAUAG